AUGAUUGACAACAAAAAAGAAGAACCAAGCAAGUACCACACAGUACAAGCACAGCGUGAUCUAGAAGCCAAUUGGGAAGUAGAUCUUUCGAAAAAGCUUCAAGAUUACUUAUUAAAGAUUUGUUCUGGUGAAAUUGCUGGAAACGAAGAGGAUAGUAACUUCAAUUUCGCUGAAGCUGCUUUAUUGCUUCAAGGUUCAGUUCAAGUUUAUAGCAGGAAGGUUGAGUAUGUAUACAACUUGGUUUUGCAUGCUUUGGAUUUCCUUUCUCAAAAAAGUGUUCCACUGCUUGAAAUAGAGAUAGAGAUAGAGAUAGAGAAUAGGGCUAUCGGUCGAGAGAGGACAGAAAAUGUAUUCAAUUCUCACCUUUUUGAUCGAGCUGGGAUGUUGAAGCGCGGUUAUAUGUUGCCAUCUUUUAAUAAAGAUUUGCUAGGCUGUACUGUGCAGCAGGAGCAAUCAGAGGGUGUGUUUGUCCAGCCUGAACUAAGUGGUUCCCAUGCAGUUUCAAAUGAAGAAAAUGAUCGAUUUUGGGUCUCAGAUGAUGUCCCAGUGGAAGCAAGAAAUUGCUUAGAUGCUUCAACCAGCAAACAUGCUUCUUUCUAUCACUAUGUGAAACCCCCAGCAAAUCUUGUUGUUCUUGAAGGUGAUUGCUUAGAUAACAGCGGUGAUGGCGGGGAAUUAGAGUCAUAUCUGUUAGCCACCAAUGAUCUUUACCAAGAUUUUAUUCUCUUAGACCCAUGUGAUGCCAUAGCUGUAAAUGAUUUUUUGAAAGCAGAUGAUUCUGGAAAGGCAGAAAAUGGUCCUUAUAUGGGCAGCUCAAAAUGCAAGACCUUUCAGUCCCUGACAAGGCAUUCUGGGGGAACUGCUCAUAAGCCUUUUCUUGGAAGGAAUUGGGAUGCCAAUCCCAUGCUGUCCCCCAUUGCUGGUUGCAGUUUUGGAGUUAAUGAUUAUAAGAUUGGGCUUGAUCCUCCUGUCCAAGAUAAUUUUGACAAGAAUCAUGGAUUUGAUAUGGAAGACAGAUAUUCAGAACCUGAUAAUGCAGAAGAUUCAGAUGACAACGACGAUAAUGAUCCCUGGAAGCCUCUGAAUCCCCAUGAACCUGGGAACUUAAAAGUGAAACCUUUUAAGAAAGCAGUAAAAGCUUUCAGAAGGAAUGGGCUAAAAUCUGCUAAGAAGACCGCUGUAACUACUCUGUUUCCACUUGCAAGGAUGCAUGGCACUAUUAGUCCAGAUCUCACAGAAAUGUGGGAAGCACGGCACAAUGAACUUGGAAAACAUGGGAACACACAAUCUCUUACCUUGUAUGAAAAGCUUAGGCAAUCUCUUACUAAUGAAGGACAUAAUAUUCCUGAUACUUUUGGUAACUUUGGGAAUGGCAACGAAGACAAUGCAUAUGACGCUGGAAUCCCUGAUUUUGGGCAGCCUGAUGAUGAGAUUCCAGAAUACAUGGAUGAAGAUUUACCCCCUCCACAUAGAAAGGUUGACAGGCUUCAUGAUGAUGGCACUACUCACUUUGACACCUAUAAAGAAUUUGGACACAGAGAUCAAAGUUCUCAAGCAAGCCUAGAAGAUCUAUGUCGUUCUCACCUUGAUGCUCUCCUUGCCAAUAUAGCUGAAACUGAGAAGCAAACUGAAUUGGCUGCUCGGGUUUCAUCAUGGAAACAGAAAAUUGAGCAAAACUUGGAAGAACAAGACUCAAAUCCGCCGUUUGACAUUCAUGCCUAUGGUGAAAUAAUUGUUGACAAACUCUCUCUUGAAGUGGAAAGAGAAAGUGUCAUGGCCUUUACAGAUGUUGUAAAGGGCCAGGAAAAACAUGAUGUGGCUCGAACCUUCUCUGCGCUUCUUCAGCUGGUCAACAAUGGAGAAGUUGAUUUGGAUAGGAGUGAAGCUAAUGCUAAGUCAUUCUGUUACACGGCUGUCAAUCCUUUCCAUGUUCGGCUCCUCAGUCGUAAAAAAGAGCAGGAAGGAAGACAAUUUCAACUGUCAAAAAAGAGAGAUAAAUCAGCAAUAAGAAAAGGAGUAGUAAAAAAGAACAGGAAGCUUGGGAAGAAUGGUGGUACAAGGUGCACGCCUGAAGGUAAGAAGAGGCGACGAUCUCGACUUGUGGAACCAGUUGACUUACAUUUGGCAGGGUGA